GUUUUUGAGUCUCCCUUCACAUACCGUUAGGUGCUGGGAAAAUCGCAACUUCUGCAGCUACUUUUUCCCUUUUCCCUGCCUGGCAUUGGAUUGCUUUUGAAUAUGUUAAAAUGGGGCUGCUAACGCCAUUCCUGCUGUUUGGAUUUGUCCAUUUUCAAGUUUAUGGAUCUCGUCUUCGUCAGGAAGACUUUCCACCUCGAAUUGUAGAGCAUCCAUCAGAUGUGAUUGUUUCUAAAGGAGAGCCAACAACUCUGAACUGCAAGGCAGAAGGAAGACCAUCUCCCACUAUUGAGUGGUACAAAGAUGGUGAACGUGUGGAGACUGAUAAAGAUGACCCCCGCUCACACCGCAUGCUGCUUCCUAGCGGAUCUUUAUUUUUCUUGCGUAUUGUACAUGGGCGCAGAAGUAAACCAGAUGAAGGAAGUUAUGUGUGUGUUGCAAGAAACUAUCUGGGGGAAGCUGUGAGUCGGAAUGCUUCUCUGGAAGUAGCACUGCUCCGGGAUGAUUUCCGUCAAAACCCCACAGAUGUUGUUGUAGCAGCAGGUGAACCAGCCAUUUUAGAAUGUCAGCCUCCUCGAGGACAUCCUGAACCCUCUAUCUAUUGGAAAAAAGACAAAAUUCGGAUUGAUGACAGAGAAGAGAGAAUUAGUAUACGAGGUGGAAAGCUUAUGAUUUCAAACACAAGAAAGAGUGACGCAGGAAUGUAUACCUGUGUUGGCACCAACAUGGUGGGAGAACGGGACAGCGAUCCAGCAGAGCUGACUGUCUUUGAACGACCCACAUUUCUCAGGAGACCAAUCAACCAAGUGGUUUUGGAAGAAGAAGCUGUAGAAUUCAGAUGCCAGGUACAAGGGGAUCCUCAGCCCACAGUAAGGUGGAAGAAAGAUGAUAACGACUUGCCAAGAGGAAGAUACGACAUCAAAGAUGACUAUACCUUGCGCAUUAAAAAGGCUAUGAGCACAGACGAGGGGACAUAUACAUGCAUUGCUGAGAACAGAGUUGGAAAAGUUGAAGCAUCUGCUACUCUCACAGUCCGAGCUCGCCCUGUGGCACCUCCACAGUUUGUGGUAAGGCCACGUGAUCAAAUUGUUGCCCAGGGUCGGACAGUGACCUUUCCAUGUGAAACUAAGGGAAAUCCCCAGCCAGCUGUUUUUUGGCAAAAAGAAGGCAGUCAGAAUCUUCUCUUUCCAAAUCAGCCUCUCCAGCCCAACAGCAGGUAUUCUGUGUCACCUACAGGAGACCUCACUAUUACCAACAUUCAGCGGCCUGAUGCUGGUUACUAUAUCUGCCAAGCACUCACUGUUGCUGGGAGCAUUUUAGCAAAGGCUCAGUUGGAAGUUACAGAUGUUUUAACAGAUAGGCCUCCACCCAUAAUUCUUCAGGGACCCGUAAACCAGACAUUGGCAAUAGAUGGAACAGCUUUGCUGAAGUGCAAGGCUACCGGUGACCCAAUGCCUGUUAUCAGCUGGUUAAAGGAAGGAUUCACUUUCCUGGGUAGAGAUCCUCGAACAUCUAUACUGGACCAAGGAAGUUUGCAAAUAAAGCCUCUACGAAUAUCUGACACUGGUACAUACACUUGUGUUGCUACAAGUUCAAGUGGGGAGACAUCAUGGAGUGCUGUGCUAGAUGUGACAGAGUCUGGAGGAGCAGCAGUCAGCAGAAAUUAUGACUUAAAUGACCUUCCUGGGCCACCAUCCAAGCCUCAGGUCACUGAUGUUACUAAGAACAGUGUCACCUUGUCAUGGCAGCCAGGCACCCCUGGAAACCUUCCUACUAGUGCAUAUAUCAUUGAGGCUUUUAGUCAAUCAGUGAGCAAUAGUUGGCAAACAGUUGCUAACCAUGUAAAAACAACACCUUACACGGUGAGAGGACUUCGUCCAAAUACGAUCUACCUGUUUAUGGUGAGAGCUAUCAACUCACAAGGUUUGAGUGACCCCAGCACCAUGUCAGAUCCUGUCCGAACCCAAGAUAUUAGCCCACCAGCACAAGGAGUGGAUCACAGGCAGGUCCAAAAGGAGCUGGGGGAUGUUAUUGUGCGACUGCAUAAUCCUGUUGUUUUGACCCCUACCACAGUUCAAGUGACCUGGACGGUUGAUCGCCAAUCCCAAUUCAUUCAAGGUUAUAGAGUCAUAUAUCGCCAGACAUCGAGCCUACCCUCUCCAACUGCAUGGCAGACUCUGGAAGUCAAAGUUCCCACUGAGCGUGGUGCUGUCCUAGUGAACUUGAAAAAAGGAGUUACAUAUGAAAUUAAAGUUCGGCCAUAUUUCAAUGAGUUCCAAGGAAUGGACAGUGAAGCAAAAUCUGCCCGAACCACUGAAGAAGCUCCAAGUGCCCCUCCACAGUCUGUUACUGUCUUGACAGUUGGAAACCAUAACAGCACCAGUAUCAGCAUUUCCUGGGAUCCUCCACCUUCAGAUCACCAAAAUGGGAUAAUUCAAGAAUACAAGAUCUGGUGCUUAGCUAAUGAAACGAGAUUUCAUAUCAACAAGACUGUGGAUGCAGCCAUUCGAUCUGUUGUGAUUGGAGGCCUCUAUCCAGGCAUUCAGUACAGAGUGGAAGUUGCAGCAAGUACCAGUGCUGGCGUCGGAGUGAAAAGCGAUCCACAGCCUAUAAUAAUUGGAGGGCGUAAUGAAGUCGUCAUCACUGAGAACAGCAAUAGCAUAACGGAACAAAUCACAGAUGUGGUUAAACAGCCUGCCUUCAUAGCUGGAAUUGGUGGUGCAUGCUGGGUAAUUCUCAUGGGUUUCAGCAUCUGGCUGUACUGGCGCAGAAAGAAGAGGAAGGGACUCAGCAAUUAUGCGGUCACUUUUCAAAGAGGAGAUGGAGGACUUAUGAGCAAUGGAAGCCGUCCAGGUCUGUUAAAUGCAGGGGACCCCAGUUAUCCCUGGCUUGCAGACUCAUGGCCUGCCACCAGCCUGCCAGUCAACAAUAGUACUAGUGGACCAAAUGAUCUUGGGAAUUUUGGCCGUGGAGAUGUGCUGCCUCCAGUGCCAGGCCAAGGAGAUAAAAACGCCACAAUGCUUUCUGACGGAGCCAUUUACAGCAGCAUUGACUUCACGACCAAAACUAGUUACAACAGUUCCAGCCAAAUAACACAGGCCACACCAUAUGCCACAACACAAAUACUGCAUUCCAACAGCAUCCAUGAAUUGGCAGUUGAUUUACCGGACCCCCAGUGGAAAAGUUCAAUUCAACAAAAAAGUGACCUAAUGGGAUUUGGUUACUCUUUACCUGAUCAAAGUAAAGGAAACAAUGGUGGAAAAGGAGGGAAGAAAAAGAAAAACAAAAAUACAUCAAAACCACAGAAAAAUAAUGGCUCUAGUUGGGCCAAUGUCCCUCUCCCACCCCCUCCAGUACAGCCUCUUCCAGGCACAGAGCUAGAGCACUAUGGGGUGGAUCAACAAGAAGCAGGGUAUGACAGUGAUGGCUGGUGCCCUCCUUUACCCGUUCAGACAUACCUGCAUCAGGGAAUGGAGGAUGAGCUUGAAGAAGAUGACAGAGUCCCUACACCUCCUGUCAGAGGUGUUGCCUCUUCCCCUGCAAUUUCUUUUGGGCAACAGUCUACUGCAACACUCACUCCAUCUCCACGCGAGGAGAUGCAACCUAUGCUUCAAGCCCACCUUGAUGAACUGACCAGGGCCUAUCAGUUUGAUAUAGCAAAGCAAACAUGGCACAUUCAAAGUACCACUCAGCCACCUCAGACCCCUGUUCCACCAUUAGGGUAUGUGUCUGGAACUCUAAUAUCAGAGUUGGAAACAGAUAUUCAAGAAGAUGAAGAUGAGGAUGAUGUUGAAGAAGAGGCUAUAGAAAUCACAAGGCCGCUGAGAGGACUAGAGCAUACUCCAGGAUCCAGCAUGGACAAUCUAGACAGCUCUGUGACAGGCAAACCAUAUUCCUCUUCUCAAAGGCCUCGGCCAACCAGCCCAUUUUCUACUGACAGCAACACCAGUGCAGCCCAGAAUCAGAGUCAAAGGCCUAGGCCUACCAAAAAACAUAAGGGAGGCAGAGUGGACCAGCCUCCAUUGCCUCACCGUAGGGAAGGAAUGGCAGAUGAAGAGGCACUGGUGCCAUAUAGCAAGCCUAGCUUCCCAUCCCCAGGUGGUCACAGCUCUUCAGGUACAGCAUCUUCUAAAGGAUCAACUGGACCCAGGAAAGGAGAGGCCAUGCGAGGUAGUCAUCAACGCAAUGCCAGUGACCUUCUUGAUGUAGGAUAUAUGGGAUCAAACAGUCAAGGACAGUUUUCUGGUGAAUUAUAGUAGUUGAAUAUAGACAUCUUGAGCUGCUCUCCAGGGCCACCAAGGUCUGAACUCAUGGAAGUGAUGAUACUAAACAGUGCAAUGAACAUUUUCUUUAUUUAUGUACUUACUAUUAAAAAAACUGUAAAUGCAAUGUAAAGACACACACAGCCACACAUAUCCCACAAAUACUCUGCCUGUGUUCUUCUCUUUACUACACCUUCCACCUUAAUCUAUUUCUUCUCAAGCAUAUAUAAAGAAAAAAAUCACCCUCCAGGAUGAAAUGGAUUUCCCUUGUACAUAAUUUCUUUUUAUUGCAUUGCUAUGCAACCUCACCUUUUAGCUAUGUUCAUAUUAUUGUCUGUUCUUAUUGGUCUGUUGUACUAUAUGUGAAUUAAUAGGCUGUGGUGCCAUAUAAUAACUUUUAAUUGUGUAACUUCUUAUGUUUAAAGUUUGCACUGCAAUUUUUUGUUGGUGAUAAGCACAAAACCCUUACUCCUCGUGACAUGAAGAAAAAGACUGAAUGUGAAAGGAGUCUAUGUACUGUAAGCUAUGUCGGAUAAUGAUGGAUGUAAUGAAUUAUGUUAGGUGGUUUUCCAUUUGGGUGUAGAUUUAGGAAGAUGACUUACAAAACUGAUGUUGGCAAAGACUUACUGGGGCAUCAGAGAUGGAAUACUAUCGGAAAUAGUAAGCAACAUGUUGCUUUUACCAUUUUAAAAAGGGGUCAAAUGAUGGAAGUGUGAGUUUCAAGACCAGACUAGAUCUACAAGAGCCUCUUCUCUUUUUAGUAUCUGUUUUCAUUUGCUCAACACAGUUGAACUUGCCUCAAAGGAAAGAAGCUAAGGUGUUUCACUAAAGCUGUUUUUAUAUAUAUUACAGUUUUAAAAGAAUUACUAUAUGAUUGAGUCACUAUCUUACUCCCCCCCCUUUCCAGGAAACACAAACCAUACAAGCUAGAGGAAUAUCUAGCAAAGUUAAAGAUGCAAUUUAUGACUGAAAUAUAUCCAAGCUGCUUCCAAAAACGUUAGUCUAUUUUAGUUCAUCUUUCCAAUACAUGUACAGUACAAUGGAAGGUGUAGAGCUGCAUCACUUGAAAUUCAUGGCAUAAUUGUUUUUAUGCAGGCUAAGACUUUUUUGUAUUGUAUUACCUAAAAUUGUCAUACAUUGACAAUUAGUUUGUAUGUAAACCUUGGGUUACAAUGUUUGAAAAGAAAGCAAUGAUAAAUUUAUGCUUAGUUUGAAGUUAAUAUGUCUUUUGGCAAUGCAGUAAAUUAUUGGAAACUCAAUAGAAAAAAACCCAUCUUUGACCUAUUUUUGAUGAGUACAUUUCAAGCCUCUUCUUAUGAAAACAAGAUGCAUGUUUAUACACUUUUUGAAUAAACCAAACUCUCUGUAAGUGGACAUUAACAAAAGCAUCCUGUCUCAUCAUUAGUUCUCAUGACUUUCGCCAGCUUCUCUACAGUAUUUUAGUUCUUUGUUAGAAAUGCUGUACAUGUAUAUCAAAUGCAUUAAAAUUUUUAUUUAAAGUUUACAUCACAGAGCUUACUUCAUUUAGUAACAUCAUUAUUACAAAUUUGCAUUCAAAGACAUCUGAAGUAGAAUCAGUUCAUGUUGAUUUAUAUUUUGCCUUGGCAUUCACGCUGCCAUUAACAGAAGUACACAUUUAGACGAGCCUAUCAAUCUGCUAAAUAUGUUUUACAUUUUAUUACAUUACAUUGAUAAGAUAGAACAUUGUCAUUACCAGUUUUAAGUCAGCACUGUCAAAUGUCAGUUUAUCUUAUUUACUUAUGAUCAGGGCAGUGGUGAACCAAAAAAAAAAAAAAAAGACAAAAGCAAGGACAAUUUAUUUUUGGUGUAUAUGUGACCAAGGAAUUUUAUGUAAUUUUAUUGGUUACUUAAAUGCUGGAUACAGUUAAAGCCAUUAUUUUAUAAAUGUAUAGAAAUGUUCAACAAAUGUAUAAAAUGGACUUUUUUCUUUCUAGAACUUAUUGAUGAUAAGCAAAAUGUUCCAGCAAUAGUAAUGUGUGUACAAAAACCAGGUUUUGUGCACAUAUCUGCGUGAUGGGCUGCUGUUAAAGGGGAGAAAUGCCCCAAACCUAGCAAUUUUCUUGAAUGACUGCAUA